GAUUGUACAAUGAACUACGAAUGCGAAAUUUGUGAUAAGUCGUUCGCUAGUAAACAGAGUUUAAGUUCUCAUAUGAGAAUGCAUACAGGAGAGAAACCCUACGUAUGUAAAACAUGUAAUACACGUUUUGCUUAUAAGAGGUAUUUGAAUUCUCAUCUUAGAACCCACACGGGAGAAAAACCAUACAAAUGUAAAACAUGUAAUAGAUGUUUUGCUUAUAAGGGCAAUUUGAAUUGUCAUCUUAGAACCCACACGGGAGAAAAACCAUACCAAUGUAAAAUGUGUGAUAAACGUUUUGCUACUUCGAACAAUUUAAAUUAUCAUCUCAGAACCCACACGGGAGAAAAACCAUACCAAUGUAAAAUGUGUGAUAGAUGUUUUUCUUAUUCGAGCAAUUUCAAUCGUCAUCUCAGAACCCACAAAAAAAAACCAUACAAAUGUGAUACAUGUGACAAAUGUUUUGCUACUUCGAAAAAUUUGAAUUCUCAUCUCAGGACCCAAACGAAAAAAAAACCAUACAAAUGUGAUACAUGUGAUAAAUGUUUUGCUACUUCGAAAAAUUUGAAUUCUCAUCUCAGGACCCACACGAAAAAAAAACCAUACAAAUGUGAUACAUGUGACAAAUGUUUUGCUACUUCGAAAAAUUUGAAUUCUCAUCUCAGGACCCACACGAAAAAAAAACCAUACAAAUGUGAUACAUGUGAUAAAUGUUUUGCUACUUCGAAAAAUUUGAAUUCUCAUCUCAGGACCCACACGAAAAAAAAACCAUACAAAUGUGAAAUAUGUGAUAGAAGUUUUGCUCAUUCGAGCAAUUUGAAUCGUCAUCUCAGAACCCACACGGGAGAAAAACCAUACAAAUGUAAAAUAUGUGAUAGAUGUUUUGCUCAUUCGAGCAGUUUCAAUCGUCAUCUCAGAACCCACACGGGAGAAAAACCAUACAAAUGUAAAAUAUGUGAUAGAUGUUUUGCUCAUUCGAGCAGUUUCAAUCGUCAUCGCAGAACCCACGCAGGAGAAAAACCCUAAGAGUGUAGAAUAUAUAAUAAACAUUUCAAGAACGCAUCGUGUUUAACUCAUUAUCAUAGAUUCUACUGUGGAAAAACACGCUACGAAUGUAAAAUAUAUAAUAAAUCUUUUACUGAUAAAUGGAUGUAAGAUUGUCAUUGCAGAAGACAUUUGAGGGAGAUACUAAACAACUGUGAAAUAUUCCAUCAAAAUUUCUCUCUUGGAACAAACGGAAGUAACAAUACAACGACUUAUUCAAAUGUAUUUCCCAGCAAUUAUGUUAGCAGCAAUCGUCGUUUCGAACAACAAAAUCAUUUAUUUCGGCUUCUUCCCAGUCAUUCUGAAUACAGACCAUCGAUUUUUUCUAGUGUGUAAUAGUCAAUUUUAAACUUAUGCUCAUCGUAUAAUGCACGAUCUAUACCCAUUUAAUUGCAUUGUUUUCAAGUGUUCUGCAGCCAUAAAACUGUAGAAGAACACAAAAUAAUACACAAUUCAUUAGUCAAUCCGUCUUACCAUUGCAAUAAAUGCACUGUAACAUUUGCUUUGGAAAAAGAUUAUGAAGUUCAUUUUGAAUAUAAUAUAAAUUUUGUUUAUAAAUUUUGACUGUAAA